GGCAAACAACUUCGUAGGUUCAUAAAAAGUGCGCGCGUUCAUUAUGACGUCAUAAUUAGUUAAAUCGUGCCUAUUGUGGAUGGCAAUUGAAAAUCCCACAUUUAUAUAUCCCGCAAAACCCAUGGCGAGAAAUUUUGCACAUUAAUUCAACUCCGAUCCGUGUACCACUCAGCAACUUUCAGCAUUCGUCGUAAUUACUAUUUAAAAGUGAUUAAGAGGUUUAUACAACCGCCCCCUGGACAUGAAGUUGUGAAUACAACGCGCAUAACUGUACAUGCAUGUUACAACGCGCAUAACUGUACAUAAGAAAUCUGGUGCAGGAAAUUUCUUUUCUUAUUAAGUGUGCCAAGAAUUUUUUCUCAGGAUUGUAGUUAAUUAUAAUUUAUAUACUGCAUGCCCAUAAUGUUAAGGCAAAAAUUUGAUGUAAAAAGCGCCAGUAAUAAUUAAAAUAAACAAAUGCGUGUGCAUGCAUGUGCAAGGGUGUCAAGGGCAUAAAUAGAAGUUGAAGGGUUAUGUAGAUGGAACUUAUCGAGUGCAACUUUAUAGUUGCACUCUCUGUAGCUCAGUUGGUUAGAACGCUGCACAGGAAUCGCAGGGUGGCAGGUUCGAUUCCUGCCAGGGACGUAAAGUUGUAUUUUUCGCUUCUGUUCCUGGUUAGGUAUGAUAAAUGUAUUUAAAUUUUCACUCGAUAAUUUCCAUCUACAUUACCCUUCAACUAAUAUUCAAUCGAGUGAGAUGCUAAAAAAAUCUUUAUAUUAAUGGAAGUUUGAUGUUACGUCUUGCAGUGUCAUAUAAGAUGAUGCAUUGACGACUAUCACAGAAUAGGUAGAAAUACCGAUUUCAUGUUUAAUCAUAAACAUGAAGAGAAUGGAAAUUGAUUGUUUUACCAAAAAUGACCAUCAUAUAGCAAAUUGUUAAUUCACUGCUAUUAAAUUAGUAACAGAGGCGUAGCUAUGAGUAAAAAUGAGGGGGGGGGGCAGUCAGGAUCUUCCCUCUACUCUUCUUCAGAGAAUGCACAGAUUGUCGUUCUUCAUUUCAAGCAACAUUUCGUUCUUCAUUUGACGCUAGAAGUACUGGAAUACUGAGAUUUUAACAAAUUCUAUAACAAUUUAUGCUCUCCGUCGUUCACGAACGGAGGGAACAAUUGCAUCUUGUUAAAAUAAUACUGAUAUAAGACUAUUUAAAAUAGGGCUAUAUUUCCAUUCAUUUUCAGAAUGAUGGUGUACCGAUGGAUUCAGAUGGAAAUUUUAAAAUAACGUCAGACGAAAACCGCCAUUUAAAUGUACCCAUUGCAUUUCUGGAAAGAAAAUUUUCCUUAAAUGUACAGUUCAUGAUCUACUUCAUGUUAAUAUUUAUGAUACUUAUAAAUGUUUUAAUUGUAUUACACUUAGUACAAUUUUUCUAUGGACAUACAGAUUGUGGAGACUGACAGAAUAAAACAUAUCGAUUGGUAUUACGUAUUCUUUCAUUCUUUUUUUACCAUACAAGACUGCAACAUAUAAUUUAGGAAAAAACAAUAUCACUAUUCCUAGUUGUGUAACAUAUAACAACAUACAACUUAGGAAAAACAAUAUCACUAUUCCUAGUUGCAAUCCUUGAUGAAUAAUAUAAAGAUCUGCAGUUUAUUUGCCAAGUCAUAAUUAAAAUUGACAUGUUGGAUUUGAUGCUAUUGCAGCUCAUGCUGAUGCAGUGAAAUGCAUAUAACUGCAUGGAAAGCUACCUUCGGAUAAACUGCCUAUCUUUUAUGACCCUGUAUAUUGUAAGCCGGUUUUCAAGAAUACACAUUCACGUUGAUCACAUAUACAUGAAGAGAUUGGGACUGGCCUUGAAAUUUUCUGUUGGAGGUAGGUUACGUUCCAGUUCUAUUCCUCAGUUUCACUGUGCUGAUGCGAACGUGUUGAAAUUGCGUUUGCCGCUAAGAACCAUAAUCAAAUUGUGAUUUUCAGUUUGUAGAAUUAGUUAAAAUUAUUGCAUUCAGUUUUAUUAAAAUUGGGCAGCAGCUAGCUGAGUCCCCUUUUCAAAAGGAAUUCGAACAAUAA